GAAGAAGAAGAAGGAGAAGGAGAAGGAGGGAAAAAAAAUAACUUGAGCGACUCCAGAAGUGAUUGGAGGACAGGAAAGCCUCGACCCUCCCCGCCUGCACCUGACGGGUGGGUAUUUAGUUUACUGCACUUUUCAAGCGGUCUGUGCGCUACAGAAUUUCCCUGCAUGGGGUGAAGCCGAGGAGGCGAUGUUGCAGAGAGGACCAACGUGCUGCUAGCCCAGUGAAAGUCUCUCGGUCUGCUCUGGAAAAGCCCGGGACCGUUAUCCUGCCCAGGAAAAGGCAACUUCAGGAAAAGGGGCAAGCAAGGCAACUCCCCAAGCCCGCCAGCGUUUCAAAAUGCCGCGCUCUUUCUUGGUCAAGAAACAUUUCAACUCUUCCAAAAAGCCCAAUUACAGUGAACUGGACACUCAUACAGUGAUAAUUUCCCCGUAUCUUUAUGAAAGUUACCCAAUGCCGAUCAUUCCACAGCCGGAGAUCCUGAGCUCUGUGGCUUAUAACCCCAUCACCAUGUGGACUACAACAGGGCUGCUGCCUUCUCCCUUACCCAGUGACCUCUCGCCUCUCCCUGGAUAUCCUUCAUCUUUGGGAAGAGUCAGUCCGCCUCCUCAUUCUGACACUUCAUCCAAGGAUCAUAGUGGUUCUGAGAGCCCAAUUAGUGAUGAAGAAGAGCGGAUCCAAUCCAAGCUUUCAGAUCCCCAUGCAAUUGAAGCAGAAAAAUUCCAAUGCAGCUUAUGCAACAAGACCUAUUCAACUUUUUCUGGACUGGCCAAGCAUAAGCAGUUGCACUGUGAUGCCCAGUCUAGGAAAUCUUUCAGCUGUAAAUACUGUGACAAGGAAUAUGUGAGCCUCGGAGCUCUUAAGAUGCACAUCCGGACCCACACACUACCUUGUGUUUGUAAGAUCUGUGGCAAGGCUUUCUCAAGACCCUGGUUACUUCAAGGACAUAUCAGAACUCAUACUGGAGAGAAGCCCUUUUCAUGCCCUCAUUGCAACAGAGCAUUUGCAGACAGGUCAAACUUGAGGGCUCAUCUGCAGACCCAUUCGGAUGUGAAGAAAUAUCAGUGCAAAAAUUGUUCCAAAACUUUUUCCCGGAUGUCUCUUCUGCACAAACAUGAGGAAUCUGGCUGCUGUGUAGCUCACUGAGUUUACCUGGGUUCUGUGCAUUUCUCUACUCCUUUCCAACAAGAUAAGAAGAACCUUUUCUGCCAUGCACCACCCCCACGCAAGGUGUUCUUAUCUUCUUCUUCUCAAUUCAGCAACUCCCUAAAACGUGCAAAAAAAUAAAAAAAAAUAAUUCAAUUAACUUAAGUGUGACAUUUAUGUGAUAUGAAGAAGGAAGUGAAAGCAUGAAAUGUACGGGAUAAACCAAAUGCCUUUUGGACCUCUUUUUUCUGAGAAAGCAUUGCACAGUUAACCAUUUGCAUUCCAGCCAUAAACAAUCACCCAGACUAUAUUCUUUUGUGAUGAAACAAUCAAAUAUAAAAGGGGUUGCCAGAUACCAAAUACCACAGGUGCUUUUAGAGUCUUCCAUAUCAAGUUAAUAAAUGUCCAAUAGGACAAGUUGAUGGUGUGUGAUAGAAUAGCAUACUUCUUGAUCAGGGUCCUGACGUGUCUUAAUAUUACAUCACUCAAAGAGGAAGUAAAGAAUGUAUGUCCAGUUAUUUGCCUUGUCUUAACAGUAUGUGCCUUUGUAAAUCUGUCACUACAAACAUUCCAGGUGCAUGCUUGAUACAUGCUUCCUUU